AUUACAAAAACUUAUUAAAAUCACACUUCUGGUCUGGUCAGUGGUGCUGCACAGAUGAGUUCCUCUAUGAACUGUGGUUACUCCCUGCCACUGCCCCACCACAGUGAUGGCACUUCUUGCCCCUGCCCUGUAGCAUCUCUCCUUUCUGUGGAAACUUGAGCAUCUUUGAAAUGUCAGGGAGGGGCAAGAAUUGGCCGGAGGGCUCAAAACUUACUGGUGUGAUAACUUGCCGGAUAGCUGUUUGUCUGCUGAAGAGCAGGACACUCCCCAAGUAGGGCACCUCAGGAUUUCUGCUUGGUCUUCAGAGCUGCUCUAGGCAGAGGGGUACUGUCGGCAGUAGCAGUCUCCUCUGGAGGCAGCUUGUUCCGGCUUUUAUUCUGGCAUAGCACCAGUUGCUGUGGCUGUAAGAUACCUGUAUAUCAGCGUCCACAGUGCAGCUUCUGUGCCGCCUUAUGCUUUACCUUGAGGCUGUAAAGAAAAGUCCAAGCUAGUUGGUUUUGUUGGGGUUGUAAUUUGCCUUCCUAACAGUAAUCUUUAAAAAAGGAAUAGGUUAGUUGCACUAAAAUUUUCUUGAAAGACAAAGCAUAUACAGGAUACUAUGAGUGAUUUGCUGUGCCUGGUGGCUCUGCCUUCGCAGGAGUGUGAAGCAAUCUACUUGUUCCCACAGAGACUCAUAAUUAGCACUUGUGCUGCAGCGGGCUGAGCUGCUGUAGCUGUUACAAGUCUGCUUUGUGCUCUCUGCUGGCUUUUCUGCUGGAGAGCAUGCUGAAGAAGGGAAAGAUGCUUUUCUUGCCUCUUAUAAUUUCUCCAGUUAUAUUACCAUCAGUAAGCAUACGACAACUUAAGCAAGCUGCCAGUGGGUAAAUUGGUAUGGAUUUACACUGUGCUAGCUUUUCUGAUAAUUGUGCCUGUAAGCAUUCUAUCCAUAGAAAGUAUGAAGUGGUUUCUGUUUACACUGACAGUUAAUUACUACUUAGGUGGACCAGGUAGAGCACAGCCAGAGGUGCUUACACCAGAGUAGCUAAUGCUGUAAUUGAUAAUGCUGUCUGCACCACGGUGACUUGUCUGUGCACCCAUUAAUCCUAAUGGCAAGAAUAACUUAACCUUGAGACCAGUUGUGAUACAGGAAGCAGGGGAUGUAGUUGGUGAGAAAGAUCCUCAUGUUGUGCUAAUGCAGGAGGCUGCUCUUGUUGGAAACCAAAGGAGAGGUGGCCUUUCUAGGGAUUUCAGUUUUAAAGCUUUUGGGUUUUUUCCUCAAAAGAUUGGGGGUUCUGGGUAGACUGGUAAUUUGCAUCCAGAGUUUGUAACACCACACAAAGGCAUUAGUAGUAUUAGUUCCUCUACAGUUAUUGUGGGGCAUUUUGUGGCAGUCUGUGCCAUGUCUCCUGUGUGUGCCUGUGAUAGUGUUCAUGCUCUUUUCCAGUGAAUCAGACUGAAAAGCUGAAAACUAACUUGGUGAUGCCAUGAAAAUGUUCAGCCAUGUGCAGUUCAGCUGAAUGGAUGGUGCUGUGGCACCUUCUGUAUGUCAGUGCUGAACAGGACAGGCUUUUCAGCUGCAGAAGGCUCCAGCACAUCCUGGUCUGGAAACCUUUUGGAUUUAACACAGCAUCUCUAUGGUAGGCACAGGAUCAGACUGUACUGUAGCAAUCCUCAGUCUUUGUGCACUCCACUAGUCAGGGUUUAAUUGAAUUUGAUCAUCUUGUGCUGCUGUGAUAAUGCUCUCCACUGCAUAAAUCCUGUUUUCCUGAGCUGCCACUUCUACAGAGAGUACGAAGCACGUUUAGAGAGGUACAGCGAACGAAUAUGGACGUGCAAAAGCACAGGAAGCAGCCAACUGACGCACAAAGAGGCUUGGGAGGAGGAGCAGGAAGUUGCUGAGCUCUUGAAGGAGGAGUUCCCCAUCUGGUAUGAGAAACUGGUACUGGAAAUAGUCCACCACAACACUGUAUCUUUGGAAAAGUUGGUGGAUGCAGCUUGGCUGGAGAUCAUGACCAAAUUUGCAGUGGGAGAAGAGUGUGACUUUGAGGUUGGUAAGGAGAAAAUGUUGCCUGUGAAAGUUGUGAAAAUACAUCCCCUGGAGAAAGUUGAUGAAGAGGCCUCAGAAAAGAAAUCUGAUGGAGCCUGUGAUUCCCCAUCCAGUGACAAGGAGAACUCCAGCCAGGCAGCUCAGGACAACCAGAAGGAAGCUAUCCUGAAGGAAGAUGACAACAGGAGGGAAAGUAUGAAUGAUCGGGCACGUAGGUCUCCUCGGAAACUUCCCACUUCUUUGAAGAAGGAAGAAAGGAAGUGGGUUCCACCUAAAUUUCUGCCACACAAAUAUGACGUCAAGCUGAAAAAUGAAGAUAAGAUCAUCAGCAAUGUACCAGCAGAUAGCUUAGUCCGUACAGAGCGUCCUCCCAACAAGGAGAUCCUGAGGUACUUCAUCCGUCAUAAUGCGCUACGGGCCGGCACGUGUGAGAAUGCCCCGUGGGUAGUGGAGGAUGUGUUAGUGAAAAAGUACUCUCUCCCCAGUAAAUUUAGUGACUUCUUGCUUGACCCACAUAAGUAUAUGACUCUCAACCCCUCAACCAAGAGGAAGAGCUCUCAAUCACCUGACAGAAAGCUGCCUAAGAAAUCCAAAGCUGAUGGAUCAUCCCUGAGCCAGCCACUGAGCCCUACUCUGUGGUGCCAUGUGCAUUUGGAGAAAUCUAUUAUCAGCUCUCCACUGAAGGUGAAAACCCCUAAGAAUUCAAAAUGUCCUAAAGAGGAGCUGGAAGAGGUGAUGAAAAUUGUGUCACCUGCUAAACUUGAUUCUAACUUCCACAUUCCAAAGAAAAGCCGACUGGGGAAGGGCAGCAACAAAUCAUUGGACAAAAAGCAAAGAGGCAAAAGGGUUCUGAAUGGGCAGAAGUCAUCGGGGAAAUCGAAGUCUCCUAGGGCAGGCUUGAAGACCCCCAAGAUGAAAAUGAAGCAGAUGACACUACUGGACAUGGCUAAAGGUACCACUAAGGUGUCCAGGACUCCCAGGAAUUCUGGAGGUACCCCAAGGUCUUCCAGCAAACCCCAGAAACAUCUGCCUCCUGCAGCACUCCAUCUCAUUGCCUAUUACAAAGAAAACAAGGACCGGGAAGACAAAAAAAGUGCUCUUUCCUGCAUCAUCUCCAAAACAGCUAGGUUACUCUCAAAUGAGGAUCGUGCCCGUCUCCCUGAGGAUUUGCGAGGGUUAGUACAGAAACGUUAUGAGCUGCUAGAGCACAGGAAGAAAUGGGCCACCAUGACAGAGGAGCAGCGAAAGGAGUACAUGAAGAAGAAAAGGGAGAAGCUGAAAGAGAAACUGAAGGAGAGAGCAAAGGAGCGGAAGGAGAAGGAGAUGAAGGAAAAACUGGAAAAACAGAAAAGAUAUGAGGACCAAGAUCUUAAAGGGAAGACCUUGCCUACUUUUAAACUGGUUGAUACUCCAGAAGGCCUUCCUAAUACGCUCUUUGGGGAUGUCGCCAUGGUGGUGGAGUUCCUGAGCUGUUACUCAGGGUUAUUAAUGCCAGAUGCUCAGUAUCCCAUCACAGCAGUUUCCCUUAUGGAAGCACUUUGUGCAGAAAAGGGAGGCUUCCUUUAUUUGAACCGAGUACUGGUCAUUCUCUUGCAGACCCUGCUGCAGGAUGAAAUUGCUGAAGAUUAUGCUGAGCUGGGAAUGAAACUUUCUGAAAUACCACUUACUUUGCAUUCUGCUUCUGAGUUGGUUCGUCUCUGCCUACGCAAGUCAGACGUGCAAGAGGAAAGUGAGGUCUCGGAUAAUGUAGAUGAAAGCAAGGAUUCGGCAGCUUUUGAGGAUAAUGAAGUGCAGGAUGAGUUCUUGGAGAAACUGGAGACUUCAGAAUUCUUUGAGUUGACUCCUGAAGAGAAACUGCAGAUCCUUGGAGCACUGUGCCACCGGAUUCUGAUGACGUACUCUGUGCAGGACCAUGUGGAGACCAAGCAGCAGACAUCAGCUGAGCUGUGGAAGGAGCGCCUUGCUAUCCUGAAGGAGGAAAAUGAUAAGAAGAGAGCAGAAAAACAGAAGCGGAAAGAAAUGGUGGCCAAGAAUAAGGAGAAUGGGAGAGAUGAGAAUAUGAUGGGAAGAAAUGAAAAGAAAAAAAAUGAGAUUAUGAAGAUAGAACACAGAGUAGAAAUAGAAGCUGAUGAUAUGGUCAGUGCUGUGAAGAGCAGGCGCCUUCUUGCCAUCCAAGCCAAGAAAGCAAGGGAGCAACAAGAAAUACAAAUGAGAGUGAGGAUGGAGAAAGAAGCAGAGGAGGAAAGAAUCCGGAAGCAUAAAGCUGCAGCUGAGAAAACCUUCCAGGAUGGAAUUGCCAAAGCGAAGCUGGUGAUGCGCAGGACACCAGUGGGCACCGAUCGUAAUCAUAACAGGUAUUGGCUGUUUUCAGAUGAGAUUCCUGGCUUGUUCAUUGAGAAAGGCUGGGUACAUGACAGUAUAGACUACAGAUUCAUCCUUCCCCAUCAGAAGAAAGAAGAUUUUAGAAAGGACUACAGCCCAGGAGACAAGCGGAAGAGUGCAGCUGAUGGCAGAGUGAGCAAGCUUCAUCGGGCUGUGCAUGCUGCAGACCUGCCCACAGAGACGACUGCACCCAAGCAGGGACAGAACUUAUGGUUUCUCUGUGACAAUCAGAAGGAUUUGGAUGAGCUGCUGGAUUGCCUGCACCCACAAGGAGUAAGGGAGAGCCAACUAAAGGAGCGCUUGGAGAAAAGGUAUCAGGACAUCACACAUUCUAUUCAUCUGGCUCGGAAACAGAACUUGGGCCUCAAAUUCUGUGAUGGCAACCAGGAACUGCUGAACUACCUCCGAAGUGAUCUCAUUGAGGUUGCAACUCGGCUGCAAAAAGGAGGCCUGGGAUAUGUUGAUGUGACACCAGAAUAUGAAGCAAGAGUAUACUCACUGGAGAGCUUGAAGGAUUUUGGAGAGUGUGUGAUUGCACUCCAAGCUGGUGUUGUUAAGAAGUUUCUGCAAGGUUUCAUGGCCCCCAAGCAGAAGAGAAGGAAACAUCAAGGAGAGGACUAUAUUGCAAAGGCAGAGGAGAUAGAUGAAGACAAGAAAAUGGCAGAAGAAGCAAAGGUUGCUUCAGCCAUGGAGAAGUGGAAGACAGCAAUCCGUGAGGCCCAGACCUUCUCCCGUAUGCAUGUGCUGCUCGGGAUGCUGGAUGCCUGUAUCAAGUGGGAUAUGUCGGCAGAGAAUGCCAGAUGCAAAGUGUGUCGCAAGAAAGGUGAGGAUGACAAGCUGAUCCUGUGUGACGAGUGUAACAAAGCCUUCCACCUGUUUUGUCUGAGACCGGUGCUCUAUGAGAUACCAGAUGGUGAAUGGCAGUGCCCAGCAUGUCAGCCGUCGACUGCCAGGCGCAGCUCACGAGGCAGGAACUAUGCAGAGGAUUCUGCUGAAGAUGAAGAUGGUGAAGAUGAGGAAGCCUCUGAUGAACCAGAUGCUGAGGAGGAAGAGGAGGAGGAGGAAGACUAUGAAGUUGCUGGACUGAAAUUGAGACCCAGAAAGGCAGCUCGGGGCAAGGAGAGCACAGCCAUGUACUCCUUGAGGCAGGGAAGGCACCAAAGGAAGAAGCAGUCUCUACACCCUGCCAGGGGACCCCGGCAGCGGGCUGCACCUGUCAACGGCGCAGACAUUGAUGAGCUGGUCCUUCAAACAAAGAAGACAGCACGUCGCCAAAACCUCGAGUUGCAGAAGUGUGAGGAAAUCCUCAGCAAGCUGAUCAAGUACCGCUUUAGCUGGCCCUUCAGGGAGCCAGUGACCACGGAGGAAGCUGAAGAUUACUUUGAGGUCAUCAGCAACCCUAUGGACUUCCAGACUAUGCAGAGCAAGUGCUCUUGUGGCAAUUACCGCUCGGUGCAGGAGUUCCUCUCUGACAUCAAGCAGGUGUUCUCCAACGCCGAGCGCUACAACCAGAAUGGGAGUCACGUACUAUCCUGCCUGGAGAAGACAGAACAGUGUUUUAUUGACAUGGUGCACAAACACCUGCCUGGCCACACGUAUGCACGCAGGAAACGCAGGAUGCUCUCUGCCAGGUGUCAGGGACUGGAGGAGCAGGAAGGGGACAGUGAGUCAGAGCCCCUUGAACAUUCCCGGGGGCGGAAAAGGAAGAAAUGAGGGAUGGAGAGACUAGGGGGAGAGCCAGAGCUGGAGCAGGCCUUCUGGUGCUGCCGGGCCCAGGACAGGUUGUCUGGAGGGAAUUGGGAAGCAUCAGGCACUUCCUCUAUUAAUCUAGCCUUCCCUUUGGCCUGUCCUAGUUUUAAUUUUUCUGCAAUUUUCUCAAGAAUUUGGUCAUCCUUUGACUGAGCAGAGAUGACUUCCUGCAGAAUCCACAAAGCUCUUGAACGGGUCUGUCCUGGUGGGAGGGCAAGGGGAAGGCCUGGCCAAAGCCUGGCUGGGCAGGGGAGCAUGAAGCCUACUCCAGCUCGGGUGCUGUUGGCUUCCUUGGGAUGAGCCGCUUCCUCCCCCUCUGCGAACAGCCAGUGCUGGAGCACGGUGGGACCUCCGCUUUCUGCUGCCUGUGAUGUGAAACCAGCCUUGAGCUGGUGCAGGGAGGGAUCAUAUUGCGGCACGGAAGGACGGGGUGCGAUCAGGCCAAUGGGCUGCUAGUUCUUGUAUGUAUAUAUUUAUAUGGUGUUAAUUUUGAGCCCCCAAUGAAGGGCUGUACAGGGCAAGCAAGCACUUACAUUUAUGGAGAUAAAGCUUUCACCAGCAUCCUAACACAAUUGGCUUUGAGGUGCUCUUGCUCUUCUCCUCUCUCCUCGGGGAGCGAUCUCUAGAGGUUGCGUUCUGAAGAGGGUUCUUCUGAGCUCAGCUCUUCACACAUACACAGCAAAGAGGAGGCAGUUGGCUUCCCUGCUCACCUUGAACAGCACACAACGAUGUAGCCCUUUGGAUGAACUGAGUGCCAGAAGCAUACUGGAGAGCAUGGUUUUCUGUGUGCCCUGUAGGGAGCUCCAGGGCAAGGAGAGCAGCAGAAACAUGUUCUGUGUAACUUUUUAAAUUAAUUUUCUAGUUGAAAGUGGCUUGUUUCUAGCUGUGAUCUUGUACAAAGAACACCUGUAAGAUACAGUUGUCUUGCUUUGGCACAUGUACAGUUUAUAUGGACUCGUGUUUGCUUUAUAUUUUCCCCCUGUUUAAAAUUCAUUUUCCUACCAGUAGCUGGAGUUACACUGAGGGACUUGUUGGCAGGGGUCUCCCAGUCCCUCUCUAGCCGUGCUCUCACCACGUUUUAUAGUAACACAUACCCUAGCUCACCUCCCUCGCACUCCCCCCAUGCAGCAAGGACCAUCCCAAUCCUGCUGUGGGAGGCUGCUCUGCUACAGCCCCAGCAGUGGGUCCUGCUGCCCAAGAUACUUACUUUUCUCUAAGAAAAGGGUGUGUUUUUUUAUCACCUCUCUCUCUCUCUCUCUCUCUCUCUUUCCAUCAUGAGAAGUUUUGAUCAUACAAUCAGAGCUCAAACUUUUUAUUAUAGAAGUCUUCAAUUUGGAACAACCAGGGCUGCUCUAUACUGGUAACAGAAAAGCAAAAGCAGCUGUUGCAGCUGUGAUUUGGGAAGAAAAGAAUCAGCCAUUAAAAACUGCAGCCUAGUUUUCUGAUUUUUUUUAGUUGUUUUUUUUUUUAACAGGUAUUUGUUUCAGUUCUGGACUGUCAAUGGCUGUGGAGACUAGGCAGGUUUCCAGCCACUUCUCUCUUCCCCUCUCCCCAGCCUCAGCUCUCUGCCCCACAGAAUAGCACUGACGUUUGUAUUUCGCACGUCCCCUUCAGAGGCUUUGUUUUGUCCCGUUCAUAGAGAAUGUUUUCUGCAGGUCCUACAUGGAACUGUACAGUUUUU